AACUCAUCAACCAUGGACCCAAACAACAUCAAUCCUCAUGAGGUUGAGUUAAGAGAGCAAGACCGUUGGCUACCCAUAGCCAAUGUUGCUAGGCUUAUGAAAAACACUCUUCCUACCACUGCAAAGGUUUCCAAAGAUGCCAAAGAGUGCAUGCAAGAGUGUGUAUCCGAGUUUAUAUCGUUCAUCACCAGUGAAGCUAGUGAUAAAUGUUUAAGAGAAAAACGUAAGACUAUAAAUGGAGAAGACAUCUUAUUCCUGAUGCAUGACUUGGGAUUUGAAAACUAUGCGGAGGUAUUAAAAAUUUACCUUGCCAAAUAUAGAGAGCAACAGGCCAUGAAACAAGAACGUGGAGAGACUAGAGCAUCUAAACGACAACCUAAAAAUAAUAGUAUUAGCAGAGGAAGUGUUAAUGGUGGCACUGAUGACGUAGCGGAAGCUGCCGCAGCGGCAGCAGCUGUUUUGAUGCAAAAUUCACCAACACACAGCCUUUCAGCUACAUCCGACUCACCAUCUUUGGAUACUGUACUGCCAGUAGUACCAGGAACAACAGUACAACACAUGCAAUCAAACCCACACUCACAUUCUCUUCCUCAACUGGACCAUAAAUUUUUACAAGGAGAUGGUGAAUUUGACGAAGAUGAUUUAUCUGAAGCAGAUAACAAUAUUCAUAAUAACAACGCAACUCACAAUAAUAAGCACAUCGGUCACAUUCCAGAAGAUCUGGGGAUAAUAGACCAGAAUACAGAAAAUGGAGCUUCACACAGUCCUAUAGAUGAAUUUAGAUACGAAGAAUCUAAUGGCGGGCUUCACAAGAACAAUGGAGAUGAACAUAUUGAUGAUAAAGAGAAGACCAAGGAAGAUGGAUAUCCAUACGAAGAUUUCAUCAACGCAACAGGUGCUGAUUCAAUGCACCAUACACAGGGAGACCAUGUACAUCCGCAUCAUGGAAACGCUAUAGAUGAUCUUACCAACCACCUUACAGGAGAGCAACCUGAUAUCGACACUCUUACGGCAGAUAUCACCAAUACAGGGACAAAUGGAGGAUUCUUUUAG